AUGACCCAGCCUCAUCCAGACGUCAUGGUCUCAGAAGGACCGCCUCGACAAGCCAUUGUGCUCGAUUCGACUACCCUCGCUCCCGACACUGCUCAUGCCUUAGGUCCAAGCCCAGGUGCCUCGUCCAGUACAGCGUCGACAGACGCCAUGACACCUGGACGAAGAGCCACCAGGUUAGAUUGGCAAGUAGGCAAUGCCUUAUUUGAUCUCCAGAUGAAGCCAUUCCAUGCUCCAGAUCAUGGAACAACUGUUUCAUCUAGCCCUGGUCCACCGCAAGAGGAUAAAGUGCUGGCUGCUAGCCUCAACCCUUAUCGCGAUGGUCGUAUCAGGACCGCGGUGCCAAGCAAGCUUAAGGGCAGGACGAACAUGAAGCAAGGUAAUUUCAGUGUUAUGCAUAUGCACAUACAGAAGCCGCAAAUAACGGAGCGCGACCUUGCGGCCAAGCUUACAAGUGAACGAACUGCUGCUGCUGCCAAACUUGCAAGUGCUCAAGGUUAUCGCUAUCCAAGGAGGCCGCGGCCACCACAUACAGCGGCUGCUCGGAAUCCUCCACACGCUCUCUCAAAUCACCCUUCCGUAACUGAAGGCAUUCACGGGCCAGUUGCUCAGUCUCCACCCCUCGGAACUGUUAUGCCAUAUGAAGAGCGGCGAGCAGAGAGGGGACUUGCACAAGCCAGCACAAGACUUGUAGAGAAUCCAUUGACGGAAGCAAGUAGUAUGGAAAACUUUGAAACAGAAAUUCUAGCAGAAUCAACUAAGGGAGACGUCGCACCCGGGUUCAACCAUGAACAAGAGAACGCUCCAUUUGUAGAUGCGAACUCGGCACGGGACGUCAGCAUGAACCCGUCGAACGAAAUUGCCACGCCAGUAGAUCCCAGACAGGAGGCUAACAGAGAACAGCCUACCAUUACGAAGCUGUUGACAACAACUCUUCAACCGGAAGAGGUCAGAGCAGAGCAAUAUCGACUUCUUGAACUCUUACGAAAGCUGCACCCAAGCACAGUCGUAGAAACGCUUUGCAGUGCCCUUACUCGUUUGGGCGGUGUCACUCGGCGGCUCCCAUCUCCUGAUGGGGAGUCCUCUGAGAGUGGCUCGAAGAAAAGCUCUGGCGAUCUCCUCAUUGCGUGGAUUUCGGAAAUCUUCCCUCCAAACUUUGCUGAAAACAGCGCUACCAAAAGGCCAUCGAAACCCUCAACAGGGAGACCACGAGGUAGACCAAAGGGGAGUACGAAAAGGAUAGUAGACGCAGAUUUACAUCUUAAGCGUACUGCCUUCGUUCCCCUGGCUAUGAGGCCCAAUGAAACGGAUGGUACGCAGCGUUCGAAACUUGUCGAAUGCUCGAAUGCACCACCAGAGUCUGUUGCAAAUAAUCCACGCUUAGAUAUGCCUCUACCAUACGCUUCUAAAAACCAAAGCUCGAGUAAGCUACUUCCCCAUGUUAGGAAGUGCCAGAUUUCUAUAGCAGCCGCUCCCUCAGUUACCCCGAGAUUGAUAAAUGUUUCAGGGGAAGACCAAAGAAGCAUCUCAGGCCCAUCGAUGACACCCGCCGAGUCAACUAGCGAAUCUACACUUGUCGUGCCAAAUUCUUCGGUUACAGCGUCAAGACGCACGAAGAGUACAGGCAGGCCUCGUGGUCGGCCUAAAGGAUCAAGGAACAAGCCCAGGCUACUGCCUGCCAAGCGUGCUUCUUCCUCAUUCAACUCGCCAGACUCUCAUCUUGGGGAGUCAAGGCCUCAAUCUCAUGAGCCAACCACGAGGGAAAACAUGUAUAACUCCCUAAUAUCCACGCCCGGUUCAAGCUAUAUAACUGAGACAGCCAGUGCUCUUCGAAACACCUUUUCUCUCCCAGAGUUGCCCGAUCCUGCUGAAGAAACGGCCAACCCAAUGCAAGGUGGCGCAACUGGCUCGCCUGGUUGCACGGAAGAGAACAGAACACGAACAGCCGCUGGCAGCUCUGUUAUCAUACAGGGACCUCAGGGGCCACCCAGACACCGCCAGGACGCUGACCUAGUUUCUUCAAAAAAGAGAAAGAAUUCACAACAGGGUCCUUGUACCAACACUCAAGUGAUCUACAUCCCUCAAAUAUCCCCCGGGGCCGCGAAAUUAGUUACCAAUCCACCUCACGAGAAACAAGUCAAGCGUCUUCGUGUGUCUCAGGAGACAAAUCCAGGACACCUUGGCACUAGCGAAAGAUAUUCGCAAUCAGCCGAUCCAGAGGCUUUAGGUUUUCGUUCAAGUGCCACUACCGGACAUUCAUCUUCUAUAUCGGGCACAUUCGCCUCAGGGGUACAGGCAAUCGGGAUCGAGGAUAGUUUGAGCCAGCAAGUGUCACACAGCCUAUCUCAUUUGUCCCAGCAAGAUCAAGGGCUCAAACAAUUUGAUGAGUUUUAUCAGACCCAAGCAGAUCAAGGCGUCCACGUUCAACGCAAGCAUCAUUCGCCACAGGAUUUGAGAUUCGAACAGUCGAUCCGACCAACGAGUCUAUCUUCUCCAACGCAUACUCAGUCACGUAGCUGUGACCUCGUGGCUCCGGAGGAUGUUCUCCCAAAAGUAACCGUAGUGGAUCUGUACCAACGACAGUAA